AUGGCAUUGCCUCGCUCCAGCAGCCUCAUCAGCCAUGGCAUGCGCCUCAUCGCGCAAGCGGAAGGCCGGCACCUCGCCAGCCUCUCUCCUCCGACGACCGCCUCAUUGACGACCCUCACACGAAUUUCUUCCACCCCAUCCUCCGCCCGCUCAUUCAACACCUCAGCAAGCCUCCUCAAAAAGCGCAAAAUCGCCCCCGCGAGCAACAGCCCAUCCCACUCCCACUCACCAUCCUCCUCAACACCACCAUCCUCCCCCAAGGCCGACAAGAGCAGCAACAACAACAGCCCGCAGCCUAACCCCGAAGACCCCCUCGACUUCUCCUCCGUCCUCGCCGCCUACGCCACCAUAGACGCCCACUUCAAGGCCCAGCUUCAGGCCGUCCUCCACGGCGGCCGCUUCAACCCCGACGUCCUCGGCGCCCUCCCCGUGACGGUAAAGUCCCCCGACGACCCCGAGCACCACGCCAAGGCGACCUUCCCGCUGCGCGAGCUCGCCCAGAUCGUGCCCCGCUCGGGGAGGAUCAUCUCCCUGCUCGUCAACGAGCGCGAGUACAUCAAGCCCAUCAUGUCCGCCGUCCAGGCCAGCAAGGACUUCAACCAGCAGCCCCAGCGCUCCGAGGACAACGAGCUCGAGCUGCUGCUGCGCGUCGAGAUGGAGCGCAAGGAGGACCUCGUGCGGCGCGUCAAGGAGGCCUGCCAGGCGUGGAGGGAGCGCGUGCGGCAGGCGCGCACCAAGCACGAGAAGGCCCUCAAGGAGUGGAAGAAGAACGGGACCGUGCUGCCGGACGUGGUGAGGAAGGCGGACAAGGAGCUGCAGAAGGUGCAGGAUAAGAAGAUGAAGGAGAUCGAUGGCGAGGAGGCGCAGGUGAUCAAGCAGCUUGAUCGAAGGUAG